UAAUAUAACCGACCGAGACGUCCGUGUGUCCGCAGUGUUCCGCUUUGCAUCGAGAUGGAUGACACUUUGGGCCAGUUGGAGAGAAUAUACAAAAGUGGAACGGAAAAUAGCAAAGUUGAAAAUGAAAAAGUUGAAAAUGGAAAAGUUGAAAUAAACGAAUAUGAAAAACCGGAGACACAAACGCCUUUGAAAAGACAGAUUCUAAUAAGCUUCGGAACGUUCAUGGUGACACUUGGAGCGGGAUCAACGGCGGGCUUCUCCGCAAUACUAAUACCACAGUUGCAACACUCGAAGGGAAGACACAAAUACUCGAUAGAGACUAUAUCAUGGCUAGCCUCAAUGUCGUCAUUUGCACUAGUAUUUGGAAACCUACUCUCAGGAUAUUUAAUGGAGAGACUCGGCAGAAGGCGCUCGCAGCUGGUGUGUGCUGCUUUCUUCGUAAGUGGAUGGAUUUUGAUUGGAUGUUCACAAGACAAACUUUAUCUCAUAUUAACUGGGAGAUUUAUCACUGGUCUAUGUCAAGGAUGGUUAGGCCCACUUGGACCAGUAUUCAUUGGAGAAAUCAGCUCUCCAGUAUAUAGAGGAUUUUUUUUGGCUGCCAUGUCUCUAGGCAUAGCGGCAGGAGUAUUAAUGUCACAUCUUUUCGGUACGAUUCUUCACUGGAGCUACGCGUCUUUCCUCUGUGGAUCAUUCCCUCUGAUUGGAGGAAUAAUAUUAUAUUAUGCACCAGAGUCGCCGGCAUGGUUGGCAUCCAAAAAUCGAAUUGAUGAGUGUAUCGAAUCCUUCCAAUGGUACAGAGGAACGAGCCCCGAAAUGAAAUCGGAACUGGAUAAAAUGAUUGCCGAACAGACAAAAAGAGACAAUACGAUAGGAAAAAUUGAAGCUUUAAAGUUGAAUAUCAGAAAACCAGAAUUCUACAAACCGUUGUUUGUGAUGACAGUAUUUUUUGUCAUAACACAAUUGUCUGGAGUAAAUGUUGUUUGCGCGUAUACUACAGACAUGAUGAACGAACUCAUAGGAGGCCACACCAAUAAAAAUAAUGUAUAUGUGGCUAUGUUGAGUAUAGAUGUGUUGCGAUGUGUGUCCCUGUGUGUUGCGUGUGUGCUACUAAGAAGACUUGGUCGACGGCCCCUUGCAAUGUUUAGUGGAAUUUUUACUUCAGUGUCAUUGAUAAUAUUAGCCCUGUACUUGUAUUUGGUUGAUACGGAAAUUAUAAGACACAUCGCGCCGAUUAUAUCUUUAGGUUUAAUGGCGAUUUACAUUAUUGUAUCUAAUUUGGGAAUAUCGCCUUUACCAUGGAAUAUGGUUGGCGAAUUGUUUGCGACAGAAACUAAAGGUGUAGGUUCAGGUAUUAGUGUAAUGAUGACUUCCAUUGCAUUCUUUGGAACUGUGAAAACAGCCCCCGCUAUGUUCAAAAGCAUAGGGCAUCAUGGGACAUAUCUAUUUUAUGGGAUUUCAACAUUACUGGGGACACUUUUCUUGUUCUUCUAUCUUCCGGAAACAAAAGGAAAAACUUUGUUGCAAGUUGAAGAAUACUUUAGACAUAGUAAGAAUAAGCCUCAAGUGCCGGAAAAUGAACCACUAAGUAAAUCAAAUGUUUAAUUUAACUACUUACAUUACAUUACAAAGCAGAUCUCUUAGUCUUGUGAUAUUUUAUUAAGUCAAUGAUCACGAACAAUAAAUAUAAAAAUAAUCGUUAAAUGUAUAAGUAAUAGUCAAAAAUGCAUUUAUAUUUAUUGAAAUCUUAACAAUUUCUAUAAAAUGAAAAAUAUCCAUCAAUACGCGUUAUGUUAUACAAUUUUGUUAUUGAACAACAUUGACGUGCGUAUGAGUAAAACCUAUUUAAAACGACAGAGCAUAAUGGAGCGGUAACGACUACGCAGAAGAGAACGAUGGAGCAAUGAGGCUCCCUGGCCUGCCUUAGAGUUAUAACCUUGUAUGGAUUAUAAUAAUCUUGAAUAAAGAUUACGAUAAUAAUAGUAAAACUGAUUUUCCGAGAGACGUUUCCGAGUUAAGAUAUGAGUUACGUAAACAUGAGAUAUGCAAAUAUGGCUUUAUUAGUAAUAAAGUUGCUUAGUACAAUAAUUCAUUAUUAUCGAGUAGAAAGUUAGGAUAAAAUAAACUUUAACAUUAAAUAAUUCUAUGUCUUUCUUAUUUUUAAAUCGAAGUUACAUUAUGUACAGUCAACGGCACAUCAAGUUACCGUGUAUGAACCUCUAUGCCGCGGUAAUAGCGGUUCAUAGCAAACACGCUAUGAAUUUGGGUAGAUUGAUGUGCUGUUGACUGUACAUAAUUGUUAUUGAAAUUACGCUGAUUGUUGCAAAUCUAAAUGCGAAUACUUAGUUAAUUUAUCUCGUACACAAAGGCCAUAAUUAUGACAUAUUAUUCAAUAGUAAUUACUUUUAAAUUGGUGUCAAUGAUAAAUUGUUUUAUAUAGUUGUAUGACAGCUUAAGUGUUUAGUAAAUUAAUAUUGUGUAGGAUGUCUGCUGAUAGACAUACAUUUUUUUCUAUUAGAUAUGAACUAAAAAAUGUACUACUACUAUUAUUCUAUUAUUAUAUUAUUUUUAUGAGAAUAUACCAGUGUGGAGAUAUCAACGAUAAUAUUUUUUGAAGAAAAAAGAUUUUUACGUUAUUGGGACUAAAACAAUGUGAAAUAUAAUAAUUAAAUAUAAAAAUUUUCGUUGUAAAAAAGUAACAUUAAAAUAAAAAUGUUAUUACAUAAAAAUAUACGAAACUUUGUAUACGUGUAUUCUUAGUUAUUUUACUUAAAUUGUAAAACAUGUUUCGUGAAACACAAAAAUAAUAAAACAUUAUUUAUUAUA